UCUGAAGAACUUGUGCAGUGUGGGGUGUUAGGUUUUUAUAUACAACCAUUAAUAAUCAAGACCUGGGUAGGGCUCAGUUCCUUUACAGGCAAGUGAGACUAGUGUCCCGGGCAACCUUUAAGAUCAGGUCUAUAGGUAGAAACCACCCCCCACUGUCCCAGGUUCUACCUGAUAUUUUCAAUGACUAAGGUAAACCUAAUAUAUACUAACCACAAUGCUAAAGAACUGUAUUUCUGUCACCACAAUUAACAUGAGCAAAACUUGCAGUUUAGCUCCAUUAUUAUUUAUUUACCGUAUUCCAUAAAAGGUAAUGGUUCCGCUGUUUUGAAAAAGUGUUACACGUUCAUAUUUAUUUUACGUGGAGAUCCACACAUUUAAUAUUGAAAAAAGACAGGAUAAAUUUUCAAAUAAAUGGUCAAUGGCUGCCAAACAUUCCCUAUGUGUUAAAUUCAACUGUUUUCCCUAUGUUAUAACAGAGAAAUUGUAACUUUGUGGCGGAAAAAAUGUCAGAUUUUUUUAUGUUUAUUUGUAGAAAUUAGAAAGAAGCAAUGUGUAUAAUAAAUUAUAACUCUUUCAUGAAUCUAUUGUAUAUCUUCUCAUUUAUAAUAAAGAAUUUAUUCAACUAUGCAAGCAAAUUCAAAAUGAAAGACCAGCAGUAAUUGAUUUGUGUAUGUUGUGCAAACUGACUCCUAACACAGUCAGAAUGAUGACCAAACAGAAAAAAAGAUUAUUACAGGUUUUACUAAAAUGGAUGUUCUUCUGUUGCGUGAAAAAGAUGGAGAAAACGAUAAAUACCACACCUUGUUCAAAGAAAAUGGUUACAAUGCAACAUCUAUCCCUGUGCUUGAUUUUAUGUUCUGUAAUUUGGAAAUACUUACUGACAUAAUUAGUAAUAUUAGCGAUUAUUCUGGUGUUAUUUUUACAAGUAAACGAGCCAUCACUGCAUUUUCAAAUUGUUGCAGCUCAUCUGACAUACAAUAUAUAUCAAAGCUUUCUGAUUUCAAUAUUUAUGUUGUUGGUCAUUCUUCUGCUGCAAGUUUGACAAAAUUGGGAUUAAAAUGCAUUGGUGAGAACACUGGUAAUGCAGAGGAACUGUCAGAGUUGAUCAUAUCAAAGGAACAAGAAGUGCACAAACCAUUUUUAUUUCCUUGUGGAAAUUUAGCAAAAGAAACUAUACCAACAAAACUUGCUGAGAAAAAGAUAUCAGUUAAAAGUGUGUCAUGUUAUAAAACAGUUCCCAACAAGCAGUUUAUUUCGAAAUUUAAAUUGUUUUUGGACAAGUCGAUACCAGAUUAUAUUGCAUAUUUUAGUCCUUCAGGUAUAGACUUUUAUUUUUCACAGAUAAAGGAACUUCUAGGUGACAUUACUGUUGUCAAAUUUUUAUGUAUUGGAAGGACUACAGAAAAAGCUUUAAAAAACUUUGACGCAGAUGUUUAUGGUGUUGCAAAAAAACCUACUGCUCAAGGAUUAUUGGAUGCUAUAAAAGAAGGGAGCUGAAUUGUAACUAUGUUGUUAAUUUCAUAGCAAAUGUGCGUAAUUCCUUUAUUUAAUAAAAUGUUUUGUGUUUUUUUUGUAUAUAAUUAUAGUUUGCCAAUUUGAAUUUGAAGAUCAAAGUAUAGUAAUCGCAUAACUGAAUUAACUUUAGCUGCCAGUACUGGAAUAUUUCAGUGUGGAAUAUAUUUUUCUGUUUUUAAAUUGUUGUCUUUUUCUUUAACAUGACUUCCAUCUGAAGAUUGAAAUUGGUGGUAUACCAGGCUACUAUGGUAAAAAGGUGAUUUGAUAUGAUCCUAAUACUCUUUGCUGAUGUAGGUUUCACAUAUAAUCGCAGGCUGUCCUGGGUAAAAUUAAACUGGCCCAGUUGAAGUGAAAAAUUAACAAAAUGGUAGAAAUAAAAUGUAUUUUAUUUUUUAACGUAGCCUAGAAUAAACUCGCUUGUUCAUGACAUGAUAAUAUUUUUAUAUUAUUCAAUGUAAUUUGUUCUUUGCUGUGUUUUUAAAAUGUAAGUCAAAUUUAACAUUUUUUAACAUUAUUUUCAUAUAUAACAAAUGGUGGAAGUCACUUGCAAAUCUCAUUUUUUUAAAUUUUUUCAGUAAAUUCUAAAAUAUUAGGGAAGUUAUAUCAGUCAUGUGUCGAAAUUAUGCACAGUAAUUUCUAUUGAUGAAAUAAAGUUAUAUAUCAAUAUGUAUUUUUAUAAGCAAAUCUGCUUUGACCUAGUACUUUUUUACUCAAAAAUUAAAUUAUAAAUUGAUAAAGUUAAUUAACACGGUUAUAUACCUAGGAGAAAUUCAUGCAAUUUUGAGGAUUACCAGAGACUUCCUAAGGAAAACCUGUAGUCGCACCCGAAUUCUCAAUUUGACGUCAAUUCUUAUAUAAUGUCCGGAGCAAAUUGUUAUUCAGUUUUAAAUAAGAAUUAAAAAAAAAGAUUUUCAAAGAGUGAGUAUAAGCCAUUACAAAAAACACUUGUCAAAACCAACGUUUGUUAUUCCAAAAAAAUUAUUUAGCAAUCUUGUAUAAUUAAACAGCAAUAUAGAAAAAACAUUGUGUUGGAGAAAUUUACAAGGGUAUUGUGUAAAGCUUGAUGUGCUGUAUUUUUGAUUAAGACAAAAUAAAGGUUAGGUAGCUGACACCCUGCUGUUGUGGUUUGUGGUGCAGCUCUCGUGA